AUGGGGAUCUCUAGAAAGGUUCUGAAUCGCCCUAAGAAGCGAACUCUUGUUCGCUGGGAUGAAAAUCUCAAUGAGCUCCUUCUUCUCACGGUCCAGUCUGUGUGUAAUCAGCUGGGAGUCAAAAUCCCAUGGGCAAAUGUUGCAGAGACAAUGGGGAACAAUGUCACUGAAGGUGCUAUCGUCCAACACCUCGCCAAGCUUCGAACUCGCCGCAUUGCUGCCAAUAAAGAGGUCCCUCCGCCUCUUCGUCGGGGUGGCAGUGGUACCAUGGCCAUAGUCAAAGCCAAAUCUGAGCAGAAAACUGGCAUUGGCCCUUCCAAUGCCAAAGGCAGCGGUAAAAAUAAAGGAAAGGAUCGCGAAAGCCUCUCAGAUGAAGACGAAGUCGCCGGCCUUCCGGAGACAUGGGAAGAAUCAUCUGACGAGGAGUAUGGUAAAAGACGCCGGUCCAAAACAAACAAGUGCGGUCAGCGAAAGAAAGCAAAGGCCAAGUCAGCUGGGACUGUCAUCAAGAUAGAAGACACAGAGGCGGACACGGACAUGGACGAUCUUAGCGAUGGAGUCGUUGGGGUUGGGGCGCAGUUCCUGAACUUUUCCAAUAACCGGGAGCUGCCCUCAAGCCCAGUGGGGGAUAGUCAGGACGCAAAGCCGAAUAACUCUAAAGUCGUCGUCUUCAGUUUCAAUGAGCGCCGCUCAGGAUUCAAGAGACUUAUCGAACUCGUGGAAGGCGGUAAUGAUUCAGGAGCUCAACAAAGUCAGGCACUGGUCCUAGGUAAUCCUUACGUCCAGGAUCACUAUCAGGAAUCUGAUGCAGGGGCCAAUGGGCUUCAAGAUGAUGGCAUGCUUGGUUUCCAGACCCUCAGUGAUCCUAUCCAGAGUGGUCUUCCAGAUGAGAGCAUGUUUAGCACUCUGUUCAACGAGAACAAUUAUCAUCACUCGCGCCACACAGCAAGCUUCUCGUCCGGCCACCAUGAUUAUCAGAAUAAUUGCAGUAUUGGGGGCUCCGUUCCUAGCCAGCAGGAUCAAGGGACCUUCCUUCCAUAUCCCAACAGCCUCAUAAGUCAAUAUUCCGAUAUGCAGGAUGGUCCAGCACACCCCAGGAUGCUUCCAGAGUCUGUGUCCGCCAACUUGGAUCCAUGGUUAGGCACAGGUCUGUCGCUCAACAAUAACAGCGGACUGGGUUUGGUGCACCGCAGCAGCUCAGCGAGCGAUUCCGGCGAUAAUGCGAACUCAGCUGGAUCUGGAGCUCUUGAAUCGGUUCCGAAAGAGUAUGAAAGCUUCGACGAUGAGGGCUAUGGCGACGUCCACUCCAUGCAUGCCCAGCUCCUGAACCAGUUCAUUGGAUACCCGUUGAUCGGCUCUCCCGACGCAAGUCACUGA